UUCCGAUAAAAUUAUCAAAGUUAUUUUUUUAUGAAAUUAUCAAAGUUAAUUAAAUACUUCUUAUUAGCAGUCGACUUGUGUGUGUAUAUAUAUGGCAUAAUGUCUUAAAAAAAAACCUGACCUUUCAUCCCUUUUCAAUCCUACUCUAAAGUAUAAAAUUCACUAAAUUGAUUUUUUUUGCAUUAGAUUAACUUUUUAUAUUAAAUUGACCAUUUUUAAAGAAUUCUUUUGAACUUUUGUCAAAUAAAUAAAGGUCAAUUUUAUGCUUCAGUGUACAAUUGAAAUGAAAAAUGCAAAAUAGGGUAAAAUUGACAAAUUUUCAACGUCGGGGUAGAAUUGAAAGGGAUAAAAGGUCGGGUUUUUUUUUAAGGCAUUAAGUCCUAUAUAUAUAUAUAUAAAGCUGAAUAAGUUUUUCAUAAUUUGACAUUUGGCACAUUCUAAUUAGCUAUCACAUUUCAUUCUAUUUAUAUUUUUGGUAAUAACAUAAAUGGAAAGUUUUUUUUAAAAUGUUGUCUUCCUUAGUAGUAAUAUUUUGUAAUCAUAUCUUAAAGAGUAUUUACAUAAUUUUCACCUAUGGCUAUCAUUAUCAACUUAAUUAGAGUUUUUUAGAGGUAAUACGGGCUUAGCCCAAAAUUAUUAGAGAAUUACGUUCUGAAGUUCCAAAAUUGAUAUUUGUUAUUUCAUCUUCAAUUAUUCUAUUUCUAACCUUUUUAAUUUCAAUUUUUAUACUUUUAAAAUUAGAAAAAUACGAUUGUAAUCGUUGGGAGAUUUGCAUGUCGCUAUUGUGGCGAGAUUCUCGGCUUCCUUUUCUCCAUUCAAACUCUGAUUUCCUUUUCAUUCAAACUUCCCAUUUCAAUAGUUUUCAGAAUUUGAAUUCAUUUCAACUAGGUCAGCCUCUAAAAAAUCCCCCCUCCCAAACAAAAUUGAAUAAAUCGACAUCUAAUCCGAAUUCUAGUAAAAGAAAAAUCGAUUUUGCUGCAAUUCCAGCGACAAUGAAGAAUCGCAGAAAGCUUGUUCGUGAAGAUGACGACAACGACUUCGAAGAGUUCGAGAUCCCUGAUAAUCGUAGGGAUAGGGCUGUUGCGGAACCCAUUAGUUCUAUAAAGCAGUUGGUGCAUCAUUUGCUGUUGUUCGGGUCUGAUAUUCCAACUCAGAAGGAUAGUGAUUGUGGUGCAUUUGUUUUGGCGUUUGCUUAGCAUUUGAUCAUGAACCGACCAAUUUCGGCUGAUUAUACCAUAGAGAAUCAUCGUGAGCAUCUUGAAUUUCUGUUGUAUCGAUAAAGACAAAUGAAGAUUGAUAGAAAUAUUGACACUGACGAGGAGAUUGAACCAAAACAAAAAAAUGCAAGAAAAAAGACGGGAGAAGAUUAUUCCACAUAUUGCAAUAUAUUUUGAUUUUGUUAGCUAUAUGUCUUUUAGCAUAAUGAGAAUUUCGAUUAGUUAAAUUUUGUGUUAACUAUUUCACAAUGUUUUUUGUACACAGUUGGUUACUAUUUGGUAUAAUAAAGUGUUGAUGAA